CUGGGGUGCGCAAUCUUGAUCUUGUCCUUCAUCCACCGUCGGUCCGUCUUUGUAGCCGGAAUCAAACAAGCCCCUGAUGACAGACCGCUAUCAGUAUACCUACCUUGAGACGGGCUGUAUUCGCGUCUUGCGCUUGGUGUCUGUGACACCAGACAUCAGGCUCCAGUUUGAAGAAGUCUCGCUUGACUCCAACCCUGUCUACAACGCGCUUUCCUACACAUGGGGUGAGCCUGUUUUUACAAAACGAGUGUUCAUCGAAAAUGCCUAUCUCGACGUGACACCAAGUCUCCACGACUGCCUCCAACAUCUGGCCGGAUACGCCGGAAGCAGGAUCUGGAUCGAUGCUCUUUGCAUCAACCAAGUUGACGAUGAAGAGAAGUCACGCCAGGUCCAGGCCAUGUCGCGAGUGUACCGCCAGGCGACAAAGGUCAUCAUUUGGCUCGGCCCAAGCGCUGAUGGCAGUGAUCAGGCAAUGAAGGGCGCCGAGACAUACGGCAGAGCAGCUAUUGAUGCCGGUAUUCUCAAUCUCAACGCCGAGAACAUGACUUCGUGGGAUGAUGCCGCCGAAGAUACAGAAGUCGGAAGGAUAAAGGACGCGUUGUUGAAACUCAUGGCCAAGGCUGCCGACUCCGAGGGUGAUGCCAACCAGGUCGACGAGCGAUUCCCACGGCUGGCUUUUGCAAAGUUGACUUACAGGCCGUAUAUGACUCGCGUCUGGGUCAAACAAGAAAUCACUUUAGCUAGAGACACUCAUGUUCUAUGUGGCACUCAUUCAACCACCGUGGAGUGCCUGCAUGCGCUUGUGAUUUUCUACAGCGUCCUCCAACCCUGGGAGAUUAAGGAGUGGAGAGGAGGCAGGAGCACAAGAAUCCCAGGUCCAUUCUCGGAGCAAGAGCUGAUGGCUGUGGAGUCUCCAUGGGACUUGUUGAAGACUGCGAGUGCGAGCGAGGCGCUUGGCUUUGCCCUCUUAGGCCGGAAGACGUAUCGACAGAAAGGGCCACUCCCGCUAUAUCAGCUCCUGCAGCAGUCGUACAUUCGUCGAUCCAAAGAUGUCCUGUGUUGCAAAGACCCAAGAGAUAAAAUAUGGGGCCUGGCGGGGAUUUCCAGCGACAUAGAUGAGCUGGGGCUCAAGGUGGAUUACACGAGCGGUGUGGACGUUGUCUAUGAGGCUACGGCAAGGGCACUGUUGCUCCAAGGAAACGUUGACAUGUUGAGGUGGGCUCGCGCCGGAGAGAUUCGGUCUCCAUCUUGGGUUCCAAACUGGGAGGUUCCAGUUCUUAUGGGAUGGAGUGAAGAUUCUGGAAAGCCUCUAUUCAAAGCCACAAAGUCGAAGCGCCAACCGGAAUCCCAAGACACGCGUGCCGCCAUGCCAGGGUCCAUUCGCCUCCACGGAGUCUUAGUGGAUACCAUCGCAGAUCUUGGCUCGAUUUGGACCGCUGACCCUGACAAAAGUUUUGACCAGAGUGAGUUUCUCCAAAUGAUUCGAGAUCUGGUCACGUUCUUGGAGAAGUCCCGAUACCCAGAAGACCAACAGACGGACGCAGUUUUCCGCAUACCCAUCGCAGACAAGGAGUUUCCCGAGUCCAGUCCCUACUUUGUUCGGGCAACAAAACGCUCGGAGGACCAGUUUUCUGCUCUGAUUUCCAAGGAGAUGGAUAGUGAUAUGAUGGCUGCGACGUAUUCGUAUCAGAGUUGCAUGAGCUACAACUACAUGGCCAGGCCGAUUCUUUCAAAGCAAGGUUAUGUGGGACUGGCCCCUGCCACAACAGAACCUGGGGACGUGAUUGUCCUUCUGUUCGGGGGUAGCACUCCGUUUAUUUUAAGACCCCGAGCUGGUGAUCAAGGAGGGUAUUUUGUCAUUGGGGAGUCGUAUGUUUAUGGCAUUAUGGACGGGGAAUUUCUUGACGGCGGAGGUUCUGCCGUGGGGUUUGAUUUGUGGUAAGCUUGAAAUGAAAGCAUGUUUUGCGAGGUGUGAAUUAAAUAAAUCAUGAUUAACCCAAGGCUUGGACAUGUUGGAUAUAGUGGUUGAUAUUUUAAAUAUUCACUUUUUGAGUAAAUAAUAAUCAACGAUGUCCCCAA